AUGUUCAAUCAGUUGGAUUCGAUUUUUUUGAAAGCAAUUGAGCAGUAAAUUACUCUUCUUUUAUUAAAAAAACGUAUCAAUACAAUUUUCAGUAAUAUUGAUGCAAAUGUAGAUCCUUGUGAUGAUUUUUACCGUCAUUCUUGUGAUGUUAACAAACCUGUUAAUGAGACAUUGAUAAAUUUGGCUAAUGAAAUGUAUCUGGCGGUUAUCAACAAUUUAACACUAACAGAUAAUUUUGAAUUAGGAAACGUGAGUUGAUAAAUAACAAUUUUGUUUGAAAAUGUUUUUAACAGAGAUUGGAAGCAAAUGAUUCUUCAAUUAUUUUGUUAAAAGUUCUUCUAGACAAUAACCAAACGGAAAAUAUUCAGAAAAUUGCUGAUGAUUUUUUUGAAAGGUUUGUUUUAUAUUUUAUUUCCGAUUCUAUCAAUCACCUUACAGCUGUACUCAUCGAAAUAAAACAAAUAUGAAAUAUAUUUUGAAAACACUUCAGAAAACAUUCAAAAUGAUGAAAUUCACAAAUUUGAUAUAUGAUACAAAUUGUAGAAGAUCUUCAGAACAACUCAGCAAAAAACUUGAAAAAGUUUGGUAUGAUGAAAUUCAAGUGAGGUUUUCAAAAAAAAAAAUAUUAUUAAAAAAAUUAACCUUUUGUUCCAGUCAAGUAAAAACAGUUUCAAUCUUUCUGUUAAAACAAAUUUUGUUCGAUCACAUGCUUGGAUGAAAAAUAAUAUAAAUUUAAUGUUUGAACAUGAAGAUUAUAUGGAAGAAUUCAAAACUGAAAUUGAAAGACUAAUGAAGGUAUAAGUUUCCCGAAACAAUUGAUAGAAGUUUUUGUUAUAUUUAAGAUCACACCUUGGGUUGAGAAAUCUGAUACAGAACGUUAUUUCAAAGAAUUGCUGGAAAUAACAAAAUUCAGUGUGGAUGUAUAUCCCAGAGGGGAGUUCAGAAACUUCGAAUAUUUCAACGAAACCUUGUCAGAAUGCCAAUCGUAUGUUAACCCUUUUUCAAGAUACUGAAGUAAGUUGUUUAUUUCAGAAAAUAUAAAUUGAAAUCAAUGAAUAUUUUAUGUUUUAUUGAACAUACUCAUGAGUUUUCCGAUAGAAUAAAUGAAUUUAAUGCGAUGAAUUGGGUGCCAGAUAUUUCGUUUUUGCAUGGAAUGCUUUAUAUUUAUGGUUUGAGCAAUUAUCCUGGUCUUCUGGUAAAUUUAAUUUUUAUAACUUCGAAAAAUUAAGAAAGCCAUGUUUCCUUCACAAUAGGACUAUUUGGUUUUAGAUAACACAAACAUUUGUUUUUCAGUAUGGCGCAUCAGGAACAACACUUGGACAUGAAUUAGGUCAUUCUUUUGUUAAAAGUUCUCACGAUGAAUAUUUUGUUCCUUAUUUCCCAUCAAGUUUCAAAUCAUGUGUUCAAGAACAAUUUGAUAGGACUUGCUCAUAUUAUAAAGAAGUGAGUAACAAAUAUUGUUUUUAUCACAAACAUCGCGAGUCAAAUUUUCAGAAAGAAUGUAGAACUGUUGAUUCUCAAUUUGAUGAAAAUGGUUCAGAUAUCUUUGGAACAAAAUUAGCUUUUGAUUUAAUGAAGAAGAAAUUUGGAGAUAAAAUGAAUGUGAGUAGUAUAGUUUCGAAUUUUUCUAUUAAAAAAAUAAUUUCAGGAAGUGUUGGAAGGAUCUCGAUAUAAUCUCACAAAUGCUGAAGUAUUUUUCUAUGCAAACAACUUUUUUGCGUGUUCAGUUUGUCUUUUUUCUUCAAAUUAAAAAAAAACAUUUAUUUGAAAUAAAGAUUGUUUUCAGAGAGAACCAUCAGCAUUACUCAGAAGAGAUAGUCAUCAUGCACCAAACGCAAGAAUAAAUGCAGCAAGUGUUCAAGUUCCAGAAUUUCAGAGAGUAUUUGGAUGUGACAAUAAUAGUCGAAUGAUGAAAUCGAAAACUGUGAGUUUUUGAAAUAGGUGAGAAACAUUAAUUUUUGGAUUUUGCAGAAACAAUGCAUACUUUUUGGGGAAGAUGCUUCUGAUUGA